GCCAGACGCGGAGUUAGAGCCGGCGUCGGCGGGUGUGCGGUGUUGCUGUAUGAGGGCUUCCUGAACAGCCAUGGGGAAAGACUAUUACCGCAUACUGGGCUUGUCCCGCGGGGCAAGCGAGGACGAUAUCAAAAAGGCAUACCGCAAGCAGGCGCUGCGCUACCACCCGGACAAGAACAAGGACCCGGGGGCCGAGGAGCGCUUCAAGGAGAUCGCCGAGGCGUACGACGUGCUCAGCGACCCCAAGAAGCGGGAGAUCUUCGACAAGUUCGGCGAGGAAGGACUUAAGGGAGGUGGUCCCAGCAGCAGUGGAGGGGGUCCCAAUGGCACUUCAUUCACCUACACCUUUCAUGGAGAUCCUCAUGCCAUGUUUGCAGAAUUCUUUGGUGGACGGAACCCUUUUGAUACUUUCUUUGUCCAGAGGAAUGGAGAUGAAGAUAUGGACGUUGAUGACCCCUUCACAAAUUUUCAAAACUUUGGCAACAUUGGCUUUUCCCGUUCUCGUGGGGGCCACGAAAACAUUCGCAGGAAACAAGAUCCACCCAUCACUCAUGAGCUGAGAGUAUCAUUGGAGGAGAUUUACAGCGGGUGCACCAAGAAAAUGAAAAUUUCUCACAAACGGCUCAACCCAGAUGGAAAAACCACACGCAACGAGGAUAAGAUUCUAACAAUUGAAGUCAAACGUGGCUGGAAAGAAGGGACUAAAAUUACAUUCCCCAAAGAAGGAGACCAAACACCAAACAACAUUCCAGCUGAUAUUGUCUUUGUUUUAAAGGACAAGCCACACAACAUUUUUAAGAGAGAUGGGUCAGACAUUGUAUACCCAGCCAAGAUCAGCCUCCGUGAGGCUUUGUGUGGCUGCACUGUGAACGCACCAACACUAGAUGGUAGGAACAUACCAAUGGUGUUCAAAGAUGUCAUUAAACCUGGAAUGAAGCGAAGAAUUCCUGGAGAAGGCCUUCCCUUUCCAAAGAGUCCAAACCAACGAGGAGACCUUAUUAUUGAGUUCGAUGUAAGAUUCCCAGACAGAAUUCCACAGUCUUCCAAAAACGUCCUAGAACAGAUCUUGCCAAUAUAGGAAGCCUGGCAGAACUGGACUGUAGUGCCUCCAUAGCAGAGGAUUUUGGACUGAAAUCAGGAUUUCAGGGUCUGUUUGGCAGUGGGUAUGAAAGUAACUUCAUGUUAUCAAACGUUUUUCACAGAAUCUAGAUAUUGCAAGAUGAAUGUUGCACUGCUCAAAGGCUUUAGACCCAUGUUGUCCUUGCAGAGCAGUGUGCAGUUACUGAUAGACAGAAUCAGUGGAACAUCUGAUAAUUGUAUAUGAGAGCAACAUCCUGUUAUGAUUCCUGCCUCCACUUAUUUGGCUAGUCCUAUUUAAGGGUGUGUCCAUGUACAUCUUCUGUCGGAAAGAAUUAGACUAAACUCUAAACUGGACUUGAAAAGUAAACUUCUCCAAUCUUUCAUCUGCUGUACUCUGUUCUCUCUUUGCACAUUUUACAGUCUGUUUUCCAGUGAGAUUUUUUCAAUAUUGAGUUUUCCCUUGCUGUACUAUAUAGUACUGCCCUCAUUAAUGCCUUCUUAAAUGGUGCCAUGUAUUAGUAUUCUUGGAAGGAUAUCAUUCUUGAAUUUGGUUAUGAAAAUAACUCAACCUUUUUUUAUUUUUACAAGGGUGGUUUGAAUUUGAUCACUCCUAGCAUGAUAUCGUGCUAGCAGACUACAAAAAUCUAAUAGCUUCUGGAAAGCAUAUAAAGAGAUUUAUACGUUUUUCAGUGCAAUAUUUGACUGCACAUCAAUGUACAUCAGGCUUGGUCCUGAUAGGUCAUUUGGUUUCUGCUUAACAAGUGGAUUGGCAGAAGAUCUGUGUCAGAUGUUCACAGCUUAACUUGGUUUAACAGAUUUCAAAGGGCCUGAAACUAUGAAAAGUAUGUACAGUGGUAGAUAUUUUUUUGAAAGAAAUUUUUGUUUGAGUCAUUGAAUGUUACUGUCUCCUGUAAAUUCUCAAUAAAACUUACUUUAAUUAGUAAAAGCUAAAAAA